CGCAUGCGCGUGUGUUAGUGUAUUCCGUUUCCAAGACAUCAUUCAUAGGGUAGGCAGGGAUGCUGUGAUAGUGAAAAGAUCGUGUGUUGAUGGAUUGAAACCCUUGGGUUGUCUUUCACGGACAUUUUGUAUCCGACAGCGUGUGUUGUGUGAACAUUGAGACAGACAUGUUCUGACUUUGUUUCGUCUAUGGAAUACCAGUCAUGCAUAGCGGAGACUUCAGUGUGGCAUGGAUUAACCCUGCUUUUGGGUACAUAGACAAUAGACAAUAACAAGAAGACACGGGAUAUUAUUACAGUCUUCAUGUGAUACCAUCUAUCCUGCUACCUUGUUUUGUAGCUAAAAAGGCUAGGAUUCAAAUAAACCUAAAGGCAAGCUGACAUACUUGAACAAUAUUUAAAGUUAAAAUGGAAUCGGAUCAAGAAAUAUCCAAUUCUGCCUCUGCUUCGACAGACAUUGUCUUGAAUUCCAUCGAACACAAAGGCAUGGAACGGGCUAUCUGGAUCAAAUGUUUUCUGAAUGGAAACCCACAUUUCCCUGGCGAGAGGGUGCUGUUCAGUCAGAGGAGGUUCAAGACAGAGGAUGCCUUCUUGGACGAGAUCACCAGGAAGCUGCACAGUGAGAAGAGUGUCCGAGCACUCAGCACACCCAAAAGAGGAACUCGAAUUCACAGUGUAUUUGAUUUGGAGGAUGGCCAACAAUAUGUGGCGCUCACUAAUGAUACAUUCAAGAAACUUUCAUACACAGAUAUAGAAACUACACCUCGGAGAAGGGCACCUUUCAAUGGCUUAGAUAUUCCAAAGAAAAACAGCAAGUUUCGUGAUGUUUCAGGGAAGAUCCACAAAAUCCCCACGCAAGCUGUCAAUAUCAAAGUAUGGCCAAACAAGAAAGUGUUGAACAGACCCCGAGUUGUCACACUUGGACAGAAAGCCUUAGGUGACAUGAGCAAGGUCAUUGAAUGUGUCAAUGAUGUCAGGUCCAUCAAGGAAGAACUCGGUGGAUGUGCAGUCAGGCUGUUCACUAGAGGUGGGACACAUAUCAACGACCCGAGUCUGCUGCGGCAACAUGAGUGUUAUGUGGCAGUGAGGGAGCAUGACCGGUUUUACGGGGGUCAGUACACCGAGACAACAGCACCUAACUUCAGGACCUCACCCAAGAUUGAGAAAUUGCCGCCCUUGAAACUCAGCCGUGGCUCAAAGAACGGCAAGCAGUGGUCACCUGACCACUCACACUCCUCCUACCCGCCAUCAGAGAACAGCUACAGUAAUCGAUACAAAAAGCAUCAAAACAAUCGUCAGAAUCGUGGGCAGUAUGAGGAGGACAACGUAUUCCCACGGAAACCAGUCACACACAAACGCCCGGCAGAACGGAAGAAAGCACAGGAAGUGGAUUAUGAUAAAGAUGAUGGUGGUGUAUUCAAAGCAAAACAAACUAACCGCCAAACUUAUGGAGCACGUGAGGUUCGAGAUACCCGGGAUACACGGGUUGACCUCCCUAUAGAUCAGAUCCCUGCAGAAGAGGUCAAGGAUGAGGAGACCAGCUCGCAUCCCCCAGGAGAUGACCACACCGCACCUGUCCCUAGCGGGGUGGAGCUUACAAAACUCCCGUCAGAUCAAAACACAGAAGAUGCAGAGGAUGGAGAACAAGAGGAGGAGCGUGUCCGAGGGAAGCCAAACAGUCACAGCAACUAUAACAAUAACAAUCAGACUCCUCCCAAACACACCAGCAAGGACUACAGUAAUAUGAAUGGCUAUGAUGAUGAUGAGAGGAUUUCCUCUCCCCCAAGACAGAGCACCCCUCCAAGAUACGGCACCCCACGCCAUACUCCCACCUCACGGAAACACUCCCAGGAUCGCUUCUCCCCGGUUCGGUCCCCAGCCCAAUCCCCCAUUGGUGAUAGUCAGGAAGAGGAAGAGGCAGCUCUGAAGAUUCAAUCCCAUUUCCGUGGACACCAGGUCCGAAAACAAAUGAACAAGGAUGAAGAUUACAAGGAUCCAGAUACUCGUGAGGAUUCAGACACUCACAAGAAAUUGGAAUCUCGUGGCAUUGACGAUGAUGUUUUGCAGCGUGAGAGAGAAGAAGCAGCCACAAGGAUCCAGGCCCAUUACCGUGGUUACCAAACCCGUAAGAAUAAAAUGGAGAGGAGAGUUGAUAGUGUUAUGUCGGCAGGAAGGAAGUCAGUAGCAAGCCAGUUGUCCCAGAGACAGGAUUCCGACCUUGGGCAAAAGGAGGCCCGGCCACAACCAUACAGGCAAGAUACCGGGGAUACAGAGACCGGAAGAUGUUGAAGGGAACCCGAUAAUAUUGUUGAUUUACAGAGGGACAGAAAUAGACACAUUUGGAUGACAGGGCAAGCUCACCAGUCGAAACCAGAGCAGGCUCUGUAUUCCCAGCCAUCAAGUCCCAUAGAUUAUACUUUGAACAAUGUGUCAAGUUUGUGCAAAUCUGUAAUUAUUCAUUGUACAUCCAAGUUUUGCGUCAUUUUUAAAGAAAUGAAACUUUUGUUAUUAAGCAACAUUUAAGAUGAUUUACCUGUAUUUAACCAGAUGUUAUAGCUUUUGUUCCAUAUUAAGUUAACUGUUGAUUAUUUUCUUCAAUCAAAUGGAAAAGGCAUUUCUCUAAGUGGCAUCAUGUUUUUUGAUUGACACAUUCUAUUUUAGGCUUAGUUGUUCUGGGGUUUUAUUUUUCUGUUUUGUUGACCAAAACAUUUAAUGGGAAGUAAAGAAAUUCAUUUUGUUUCUCAAUUUGUUGGUUUAUUUGAUUAGGACAUAAGUACCUUGGGUUAGAGUAAGUUCAACUCAUUUAUCAUUCAGUCAGAGGUGUAUAAAAGUUGUCCAUUGUACUCGACCAACUGUGAUACCAAUAGUUACAAACUGUUACUCGUACAUAGCUGUGAAAAUCUGCACUGUGAUUGUCUUAAACUAUUUUAUUUUUUCUGUAAAUUUCAAUUUUUGUGCAGUGAGUCACAUAACCCUGUCGUGCUCUCCAUACAUGAAAUGCUCACUACCCAUAGGCCUUAUGUAUUGUGUACAUCAUAUAACAGAUGUGCUACUAAUGUGUGAUUUUAUAUGCAGAUAUGGUCAAGUAUUUUCAAUUGGGAAAAAGAACAUAUCCAAUUUAUGUGGAAUUUGUAAGAAGGAAAAUAUGCAUGAAGGUUAUUUGUGUUUGACUAUUCAUAGGGUCUUGUGGGCAAAAUAGCUGUUUUUAAGGAAAAUGAGCUUUUGUCAUGUUUAAAUUUUGCUUUUCUCAGGAAAUCACUUCAGAUAUAUGUUGUGUAAAAAUAUCUUAACUGGAAAGUUUCCUGCCACAAAGAGAAGGAUUUAACCGAUAAUAUAUGGCCCAUCCAAGUUGUUGUUUGUAGUGAUUAUUGAAUGUGAUAAUCUGAUGCUUGUUUUGUUGUUCAGUUGUCAAGUAGUACAUAGUUUGUACAUAUGGCUUAGUGUUAAUUUCACUUGUGGCUGUUUUCCCAUUUCCAGAAGAAGUUGAAGUCAUUAUGUGUCAUAAACGAUAAACCAUGAAUCUUUUUUUCAAAAACUGGAAUGGUUUAAAAAAACAAACAAAAAAACCCAAUGUACAUUGAUGAGUAUUUGUGUUGUGGAAAUCAACCCUCCAAGGCCUUCUCUCGGUACAUUCCAACAGGGCAGCCACAAGUACAUGGACACCUAAUUUGCAAAAUAUGCUCCUUCAGCAUUUUGUACAUAUGGCCUAUACAUACUUGUGGUCAGCUGGAUAAUGCUGUGUUUAUUGUCUGUGAUACUUUUACCUUUAUUUCAGUAUUUAUUUGUGGUUGUACAAGCAUCUAUAUAUUUGUUUUGUUUCUGUUCAUACCAAUUAUCAAAUCAAAAGUAUUACGCUAUCAUAUCCGUCCAUUUCCCAGCUUUCCGUCCAAAUCAAGAUUUUUCCUGCCAAAUAUAUAUUUAUAUUUAUCUGUAAACCAGUCAUUAACAGUCCUGAUCAAACUUGCGAUGAUGCACUAACAAAUAUCUCAUGUUUUGAACCUACUGAUUCGAAGCCAAAAGCAGUUGUCUUUUCAGUCAUAAUCACUUGCAUUUAUGGCAGCAAAACACUGUUCUUAUCUCAACUUGGUUUUCAAUACUUUCGACCAUUUUUUUGAGAAAGACAUUGGUGUAAUGAGCUGCUAUGAGUUUCGGCAAGGUCAUCUGUCAAGGUCAUCUGUCAUAUAAACAUUUCCUGUGACCUAAAAUACAAUCUAAAUUCUAUCUGUUUCUGUUCCCAAGUUGAUAUAUGUUUGACUCUGUGUUAGUUAACUAACCUGGUGUAAGGGACAUACUAAUGUGACCAAGUAGCUACAUUGACUAUAUAGUAAGUACACAGUGUACAGGUGUUAUUGCUCUCUCUAACACGUGAUGUAUUUCCACUAACAUCUACAGUGUGUAGGUCACUGGUAAACACUUGUGUUGCACACCUCAGUAAUAUAGGGGCCUUCUGUGUAAAACUUGGGUCCUUGUGCUACACAGUUUGAUAGCCAAUAAACUGUCUUCACAAA